AUGUCUAGAGACACCGUGCUGAUCUGCGCCUCCGUGGCCGCGCUCGUCGUGCUCUCCGUCUUCACCUUCCUCUGCUCCAGCCGGCGGCGCCAGGGACACGGCUCCUCAUCGUCGUCGCACCCCGGCGACGACAUCGAGCUCGGCUGCCGGUGCGCCAGCGCGGGGAUCGAUGAGGCUGAGCUGGCCGCGUAUCCGACGUCGGUGUACUCCUCGCCGACACGCGUAGACGACGACGUUCAGCCUGCCGCCGCGCCUUCGACCGACGACAGCGAUCAGCCGCGGGACGACACGACGUGCUCGGUGUGCCUGGGGGAGUACGCGAACGGCGACGAGCUCCGGCGGCUGCCGGGGUGCCGGCACGCGUUCCACCGGCGAUGA